AUGUUCCCCCAGUCCGUGGUAGACAAUCUCCUGGAUCUCGGCGACACGCGUAAGAAGAUGAUGAAACGCGGUAACAUGAGCAUGCAGGUGGUCUCGCACAUCCCGGCCGUCGAGCCGCCUGAGAUCUGCCGCGCAGUGAAUGACCAGCUGUAUGAAGCUGUGCAAGCGAGCAGCGGCCGAUACCGUGGUUUCGCGUUCCUACCAAUGGGCACCCCCGAUGCAAUCCCAGCCGAACUCGAGCGAGCAGUCAAAGAGUUAGACUUUGUGGGCGCUUUGAUCCCCAACCACGCCUACGGGCAAUACUUUGACGACAAAGCGUACUGGCCGAUGUGGGAGAAGGCUCAGGAACUUGACGUCCCGAUCUACAUCCACCCAACACCUGCCGCGGACUUUGAGCGAUACGCAGGGAGCUAUGAUAAGACCGUUCAGACGUUGAUUGCAGGCCCUGCGCUGUGCUGGCACACUGACAUUGCUAUGCAUGUUCUGCGCCUCUAUGGUGCCGGCAUGUUCGACGCGUAUCCCAAGGUCAAGAUCAUUCUAGGCCACAACGGCGAGUCGGUGCCUUUCAUGCUGGACCGCAUCCACAAAUUCUUCACGCGGCGGUGGGGAGGAAACGAGCGCGACUUCCUGACGGUGUGGAACGAGAACUGCUGGAUCACCACAAGUGGCAUGUUCCACAUGGGCCCGCUGGAAUGCUGUUUGAAGAUGUGCAAGCCCGACCGCGUCAUGUACAGCCUUGAUUAUCCGUUUGAGGACCCGAAAGAAGGUCUAGAGUUCAUGGAGGAGCUCGAGAAGAGCGGCUUGGUCUCAAAGGAACAGUUCGAAAUGAUAUGCUCGGGGAAUGCUAAGAAGCUGUUGCGCCUUUGA